GAUCGUUGCCCCGGAGUCCGCAAAUUAAUUAUUAACAGCGGCCAGAGGGAAAGGCCGGGGUCGGGACAAACCACUCCUGGCCACGUCCUCGUCCCCAUCCCGGCGCCGGUGCCACCGCCGAGGAUGUGGCUGUACGUGGUGGCCGCGCUGCUGGGGCUGUUCCUGCUGCGCCGCUGGCACCGGGAGCGGCAGACGGUGCCGCGGCUCUCGGAGAAGCACGUGCUGAUCACGGGAUGCGACAGCGGCUUCGGGAACCUGCUGGCACGGCAGCUGGACGCGCGGGGAAUGCGGGUGCUGGCCGCCUGCCUGACGGACGCCGGCGCCGAGCAGCUGCGGGCGGCCACCUCCGAGCGGCUGCAGACCGUCCUGCUGGAUGUCACCUGCAGCAAGAGCAUCGCCGAUGUCACCGCCUGGGUCCGGCAGCGUGUGGGUGAUCAAGGGCUCUGGGGGCUGGUGAACAACGCAGGCAUCGCCAUCCCCACUGCUCCAAACGAGUGGCUGACCAAGGAGGACUUUGUCAAGGUGCUGGAUGUCAACCUGCUGGGGCUGGUGGAGGUGACGCUGAGCCUCCUGCCGCUGGUGCGGCGGGCGCGGGGCCGCGUGGUCAACGUGGCCAGCGUGAUGGGCCGCGUGUCCUUCUUUGGGGGAGGCUACUGCAUCUCCAAAUUCGGCGUGGAAGCCUUCUCUGACAGCCUCAGGCUGGAGAUGCACAACUUUGGGGUGAAGGUCUGUGUGAUCGAGCCAGGCUACUUCAAAACCAUGAUCACCAACGUUGAGAACCUGGAGAAGAAUUUUCAUGCCAGCUGGGAGAAGCUUCCUGCAGAAAUCAAAGCGAGUUAUGGGGAGAGUUACUUGAGGAGUUUCGUGGCCAUGCUCAAACUGCUGCAGAAGGGCUUCAACACCGACCUGUCACUGGUCACCAACUGCAUGGAGCACGCUCUGACCAGCCUCCACCCCCGCAGCCGCUACUCCGCCGGCUGGGACGCCAAGCUGCUCUACCUGCCCCUCAGCUACCUGCCCUCAGCCCUCAGCGACGCCCUUUUCACCAUGUUCUACCCCAAAUCUGUUGGGAAAGCCUGAGGUGGGGUUGCAGCUGGCAGCCAGGAUGAGAGUGAGAUCGAAUAACACACGGUGGGAUCCAAAGCUGGCUGCAGGCAAGGCCACACCGAGGUCCCUGAAUUUGUAACUGUGGGUGUGUCUGACCCUCUGUCCCCUGCUCCUAGAUGGGUUUGUCCUGAAUAAAGACCCCCUGUCCCCUC